AUGGACCCGAAAGGCCAAAAGAAUGUGGACCGACUCGCGCGAGUGCGUGACAAUCAGCGCAAAAGCAGAGCCCGCAAGCAAGAGUACGUCAAGGAGCUAGAGCAGCGCCUAGCAGUAUGUAAAGAAGAGGCCCAGCAAAAAGACAUUGCGCAUCGACUAUCGAUGCAAAAAGUGGAAGCCGAGAAUCGGCAUCUGAAAACCCUCUUGGUAUCAAUCGGUCUUUCCACGGGUUCUGUUCAGAAAUAUCUACAGGAUGUCGACGCGGCAAAUGUCAACCGAAAGAUUGCUAUUCCUGCCAUCCGGCGAUCUGAAAAUGAAACCCACAACUUGAAAUUGACCGUGGAGAUGCCUCGUAUCUACAAAGAUUCAGAAAUUCAGCCGGCGACUACAAGUAAUAUGGAAUCGGCAGCGCAGAGCGACGAACAGAAGCAGGAAGCAGAAGAUCCGGCUUUUUGUGGAUGUCGAACUGAGAGGCAGGAUUCCAUUUCGACUGAUGAAGAUGUGCUUAAUUCGACACUUUGUGCUAUUGCGGAAGAAAUGAUCAAUCAGUACAAUACCAAAGGUGUUGAUGUUGAUGAGAUCCGACGGAGAAUCUGGUCUGGGUUCCGGGCUGGCGCGAAUGGCACUGGCUGCAGAGUGCAGAAUCAUGUGUUGUUCCAGGUUCUGGAUGAGAUUAGCAGUGAUAUUUGA